ACUAAUACCUUUCCAACACAAACACGGGAAAGUAAGGGACUUUUAACUUCGGUUUUGCUUCAAGUGGAAACAUUUGGUCGUGUGCUGGAAAAUAGGAAACUGACACACUGAAUGACGUGAAGGAAAACUGAAUUGUGGCAUAAGAAGCUGUUCAAGGUGUAACAGGUCCAAACAAGAAGUAGAAUUAGAGUGCUUAAGUAAUCUAACACCUCAGUUCCAGUACCUCCACCAUGAGCAAGUUACCCCGCCACACCAUGAGCUUGAAAAGGUUCAUGCUGCGGACCGAAGCCAUCAAGCUGUACCGCAACAUUCUACGGCAGCUGCAGCACUUACCAGAUAAGAACCAGAGGGCGGAGAUCAGGGAGUGGGCCCGGCAGGACUUUGAGACCCACAGACACCACGAGGAUGAGGAGACAAUCAAGAGGCUGAUCAUGCAAGGAAAGCAGCAGUUGGAAGAGCUUGAGAGAACCAUCAAGAGGGCAAAUGGAUAGUUAUUGAUGGGCAUAGAUAUGAUGUAGAUAACAUGUAAAUAUGUAAAUAUAGUGUUAGCAGAACACACUAUCUUCACUUCCAAUACCUGAUAAGAUUAGUGAGUCAUUGUGAUUUCUAGGAAUGACUUGUCAAAUUCAACAUUAUUUUUUUCUAGUAAUUAUUGUCUUGUAGCCGUGGUUUAGUUACUGGGACAAAAAUAUAAAUUCAACAAAUAAAAACAUGUGAAAUAAUAUUUUACAAGAGUACACCAUCACAGCUGUUAAGGUUAGGUAAAACUGUGCACCAUUUAUUUU